GUGGACCCCUUGCACAAACAAUUAGGACACUAUUAAAAAUCGAGGAUUAAGAUGUUACAGUUAGUUUGCACGUUGACAUUGGUGUUUGCUGCAGUAGUUAUGUCUGCAGAUCAAACAGGAGAAAGUAUGAAAGUACAUAAGCGGCCGGGUAGGGGCAUAUUGGAAUGUGCUAAUGCUGGUGCAGAUUGCUGGCCUGGAAAACGUUGCUGUGGAACUCUCUACUGCCAUAGGGAAAAGGCAUACCAUGUUAAAGGGACAUGCACUGCGUGUCAAAGUCGAAAUAACAGAUGUAGCCGUGACAGCCAGUGUUGCUCUGGCAACUGUGUUAAAGAAGGAUGGUUUAAAGUGUUUGGAAAAUGCUCAUAAAAACUGAUUUUCAUCCACAUGCAUCAAAUUAAAGAAAUUCUAUGAAGGUUAUAGAACCAGAUCAA